AUGGAGCGGCGCUUGGAUGAAUGGCACCAGCUUUUGCGAUCGAUCUGCACGUCGCCCGCGGUGCGGCGCAAGCCCUCGCUGCAGGAGGUACUACGCUUGGCAGAUGAGCCUUUGGCUGUGGAAGAGCGGUUGGGGCUCAGAGAGCAGCGCGAGCCUUGCAAGAGGCUGUUGCACGGACUGGUGGCUUUGGCUUGUGGCACCCUCCAACAUGUGAAGCGCUGCUACAUUGGAGGCGCUUUUGGCCGCAAGACUGCCCUCAACUAUUGCGUUGAAGCAGAUCUUGUGAUCUUCCUGGAGGACUUUCAAUGCUCGAGGAGUCGAAGAUACCAGGCCCAAGUCUUUGAUGGUCUCGAGAAGCUCUUCUACCGCGGACGCGUCGAGCUGCAUGGGGAAAGCCCCUCUUGUCUCAAGAUCGCAGCUGGGCAGUUUGUCCUUCUAGAUCUCCACAUGACGGGCGAAGCGCCGGAAGUGGUACCUGCGGAAGAGGAGAGGCGCUACUAUGGAGCGGCAGAGCUGGCACGAGUGGAUGAAGAGCUCUUGGCCUUUGGGAGCAGACAUGCUGAGUUCGUAGCGCUGGUACUCCUGGGCAAACACUGGAGGGCUUUAGAUGCCCGUGCCCAGGCACUCUCUUCAUAUCACUUGGAGCUUCUUUGCAAAGAACUCAUUGAAAGGAGUGACUUGGACACCUUGCGGGAUCUCUUCUGGAAGUUCUUGAAGCGUUUGGCCUACAGUGAGGAUCGGCUUUGGGCCCGGAAUCCCAACCGCUUCCGUUGCGAUCUCCAGAUCUCGAAGAACGCUCGGGGUCCCUUGGCCGCCUACGCGGCGGAGACGCUGCGGGACUACCAGCGGCACAUCCGGCAGCAGAACACGUCAGCGUGCCCCUCCUGCGGGCAUCGGUUUCACCCUCGGAGCGUUCGGCCACUGUAA